ACCUUCCACCUUUCCUAGUCAUCAAUGAUUCAAUCCCUUUGUCUCUUCCUCUUUCAAGCCACAGACACUAACCUCUUUUAUCCCCGUUUUCUUCUUCAUUUGCAGUAGGGAUCAAAGAGAAGCUUGUGGGUAGGUCUCAAAAAUGUCGGAUUGGGGGCCGGUUUUCGUGGCAGUGAUGCUGUUCAUCCUGUUAACUCCAGGGCUAUUGAUUCAGAUUCCGGGUCGUAAUCGGAAGGUUGAGUUUGGGAAUUUUCAGACAAGUGGUGUGUCUAUUCUGGUUCACUCCAUUCUGUACUUUUCUCUCAUGUGCAUCUUCUUAUUAGCUAUUGGUAUUCAUAUACUUGUAUCGCUCUGUUUCUCUCUCCUCUCUCAAUCUCUCUACUCUUUAAUGGCGGAUUGGGCGCCUGUGUUAAUAGGAGUAGUGUUGUUUGUGCUGCUGCAACCAGGACUACUGUUCCAGUUACCAGGACAUCAACGGAGUGUGGAUUUUGGAUCCUUGAAGACUAAUGGCACCGCCAUAGCGAUCCACACUUUCAUCUUCUUCAUAAUCUAUGCUGUCCUGAUCUUGGCCGUCCACGUGCACAUCUAUACCGGAUGAUCCGGGAGGUUAAUUACUUGCUCAAGAUCUGUGAGAUCCUCUAAUUUUACUUGGAUCUUGUUUUGUCCAUUAUUUUCAAAUUUGUAGAAAACCCAGAUGGUAUUUUUCAUGUAAGAAAUGCCUAUGCCUUUCUGUUCUUGAAAUCUCUGAAAUAUAGUUGCUGAGCUUUCCUUUCGCAAUUUUAAGGUCAUCUGGUGGAGUGAAAGUUUUUGUCCAUUUUGCCAUUGAAAAUGGAUUGGCAUUGUCAGUAGCAGAGACCUUAAUUUUAGUUAGUUCAUGUUCCUCAUCAGAACUUAUUAAUAAUAUGUCUUUUUGCUUCAAUA